AUGAUGGUAGGGGUUUGUAGGGGGUUGGGGGUGGGAGUUUAUUUGGGGGUAUGUGGUGGGGUUGGGUUAGGAUGGAUUGGUUUUUGGGUGGGGGUUGGUGUGGGGGAUGUGGUGGGGGGUGGGUUUUUUGGGGGGUGGUUUGAAGAGAGAUUAUUAUUAUUAGUGGUGGGUGGUUGUGUUGUUGGGGUGAUAUGGGGGUUAGAUAAUGGUUGUGAAUGGUUUUUGGGGUGGAGGUGUUUGAAGGAGUGGUUUGUUGGGGUUGGUGAGGGUGGGUUUUGGGGGUGGGGGGGGUUGAGUGAUGGGAGGGGGGUUGGGAUUUGUGAGGGGGGGGGGUUGGUGGGAAGGAGGAUGGGGAGUGUGGUGUUAAGGAUGUGGGGGGAAGGGGGUAUAAGGGGGGGGGUGGGGAUGGGGUUGGUGGGGGAAGGGGUGUGGGGGUUUAGGGGGGUAGGGGGGUGUAAGGUGGGUGUAUGGGAGAAUAGGGAGUAUGAGGAUGUUAGGGUGGUGGGGGGGUUGGGGAAUUUGGAAUUUGGGAUAGUUGUGUUGGGGGGUGGUGGUUUUGAUUUAGGGGUUUUGGGUGGGGGGUGUUGUUUUUUGGUGGGGUGGGUUGAUUGUGUUUUGGGGGGGGGGGGGGGGGUUUGGGUAGUGGAUGUUGGGGGGGGUGUUGAUUGUGUUUUGGUUAAGUGUGGUUUGGGUGGGGGAAGGGGUGGUAUUGAUGGGGGGGGGGGGGGGGGGGGGUGUAUGUGUUGGGUGGGGGGGGAUGGGUGUGUAGGUGGGGUGUGGGUUGAGUGUGGGUGGAUAUUUGGGGGGGGGGUGUGGGGGGGGUGGGGGGGGGGGGGGGGGAUGUGGUUGGGGGGGUGGGAGGGGGUGUAUAUGGGGGGGGGUGUGGGGGGUUGUAGGGUGUUUUUGAGUAUUGGGGGGGGGGUGUUGGGGGGGAUUGGGGGGGGUGGGGGGUGUGUGGUUUGA